AGAUCUUGACCGCACGUUCGUAGUUAUAGUCCGAUUGCCCGCUGUCUAUGACGUCUGACUCAGAUGGCCGUGAGUGAAAUGUCAGAAAAUGGAAUGGGAUAGCGUUCGUGAUAACCAUAAAUAGCUCACCCUAAGUUCAUGAUUAAUUUGUACCAUGUAGUGCAAUGGACCGAUAGAUAUAUGUAUGUCACAGUAAUAUUUAACAUACCUUUCUCUCAAGAACGAUACAAUGGGAUCCAGAUUGAGGGAAAAUGUGAGACACUUGUUUGAAUGUUUCUGCGAAGUUGCUGCUCCUGUUGCCGACAAAGAUCCGUGGCUGCUGCAGCGGUUCCCAGAAUCUUUUUCCGAACAAGAAAUACUCAAAUCUGUUCCUAAGUUCGCAUACCCCUGCAGCAUAGACAACGUUCUUGUGCAACACUUCUCAUUUGUACUGACCAGUAUUGAUUCAAAAUGGACAUUUGGAUUCUGCCGGCACGACCCCAAAACCGAAACGGCUUUGGUCAUUUUGAGUGCGCUACCUUGGCACGAAUCUUUCUACAAGCUUUUAAAUCACAUUGCAAAUUUGAACGCGAAAGGCAGGGACGGAGAUCUCUGGAAAUUUCUGCAAGAUGUAUACAGUAGCGGUAUUCCACCUCCUGGAACUUCGCUUACCAUUUCUCUUCCAGACCCCAGUGUUGUUUUUGUUUGUCAGAGUCCUAAGCAAUUUCAGUUGCCGAGUAUACCGGAAAACCGAAAUUUGACCGAGUAUUACAGUGCUGUAGAUUCGCAUAAUAUGAUGAUGGUGUUCGCCUCGAUGUUGUACGAACGUCGAAUCAUAUUCACGUCGAAAAAGUUGUCGAGGUUAAGCGCUUGCGUCCAAGCCUGCAACGCUCUUAUUUAUCCCAUGAUCUGGCAACACAUAUACAUCCCGGUGUUGCCGUUGGCUCUAAUGGAUUAUUUACUCGCUCCGAUGCCUUUCCUCAUCGGGGUACCAACGCCUAUACUCCAGGAAAUAAAGUUAAAAGUGCGACAAAGCGAUUUGGGCGAAGUUGUUAUUUUGGAUGCGGACAACAACACUAUUCAAUCUCCAUUCAAUGAUUUGGAAUCCUUGCCUCAAGACGUGAUAAUUAACCUCAGAAGAGCUCUACGUAACAGAGCUGCGUUACUUGGGGAUGGCGUAUCAAGGGCGUUUCUUCGAGCAUUAGUGCAAUUGACGGCUGGUUACAGAGAGGCACUAACUCUGCAGCAAGGAGAGUGCAUCACGUUUGACGAAAAGGCGUUCGUCGAUAGCAGGCCAUCGUCCAUGCAGCCCUUCCUUAGAAAGAUGUUAGAAUUACAGAUCUUCCAACAAUUCAUCGAAGAACGGUUACAUAUGCUCAAUUCCGGUCUUGGAUUCUCGGAUGAGUUUGAAAUGGAAGCUUGCAACUAUUCAGAAAAAUCGGGGAGCAAAAUUCGACAACAAUACAGGGAAUGGACUUACACAAUGCGCAAGGAGGGCUCGGCGUUCUUCCGUAGUGUGAAAGAUAAGGCUAAUCCUGCGGUUAAAUCAGCAGUCAAAUCGGUUAGAGAAAAGGGGAAAGACAUGAAAACCGCAUACAAAGGCCUGCGAUGGAAAGGACGAACGAGCAGACAAGAAGGCAGCAUGAAAUACCAGCAGCCACGAUCAGCUCCGAGCUCUCCAACCUUGGAUCGAAGGCCGGUAACUUUUGAUUCCCCGUUGAAGCCUCCUACGGGUUACACAGCUACAACAAGUUACCGUAAAGAACUUCGUUUCCGCAACAGCACUGCCCCUGACACGAGCAGGAAGCAGUACUCGCCGCUGAGUCAAAGUUCUCCCGAAGAACCAGAUUCGCCCGUUGAGAGGCUGGAUAUAGAUCUGAUGAAUGAACUUCGCGAUGUCAUAUAUCCCAAUACCCCGCCUGUGGAUAGAACGUUGAAACCAGUGCGCAGUUUAGACAGCUUGAGGUCUGCAUGGAGUGGGCGCUUGCGGCACGGCCCUCUUCCUUCCAACACUUCCAUCUCCACGGACAAUUACGAUUCCUCCCAAACCUCAGACUCCUAUUCCUCUAACUUAGAGAUCUCCUCUGCGAGUUCUAAUAACCAUAAAUCGGGAGAGUCUGGCGCACUGCAGACGUCGAGUUUUGAUCCUCUUUUAGAUGUGUCUGGAUCUUCCAACGCCGAUAGUAGCUCUAACGUGAACGGACUCGCAACAUCUAGCCCGUCUUCUAUCAGUUCAUUGAUAAGCCUGAAAACUUCUGACAACAUUCCAUUCUCUCAUCUCGGGGGCGACGAUCGGGUUUCCAAUAAUUCAGCAGAUUCUGACAGUUAUACCGAACAGUCUGCUCGCAACACUCACGAGUUUGUUAAUUUCUUGACUAAUCCGUUCGUCGAUCAAAACGGUUCUCGAGCUCAGCCGUUACUCGAAAUUGAUAACGAACAAGACUACAUAGGAGGGAAUUUAAAGACUAAAAAUUAUACCAUGCAAAAAACGCUUAGCGAAAACAAGUCUUCGGUCAAAGGUCCGUGGAAGAAUAAUCUGUUGGAUGCAAAUUUGAACGUUACAGAUCCUAGCUUGCAACUAAUCGUGGACGAUCCAUUCGACACAAGCCAAAUACUGAACCCUUUCCACCCACAGAACCCAUUGUUCCAUCCUAUCAGCCCAAAGCCGAGUCCGAACAGCAUUCAACCACCCCCUCCAUUAAAUAUUCAGCAUUACUCUGCACAGGCUAAGAAGCCAGAACACCAUGAUUUAAUCAGACUAGAUUCAACAAAUGGCGAUGACGAUUUUGAUCCUCUGUUGUCAAAGUCCACACGAACGGAGAGUCCUAAACAAAUGACUCAGUCGUUGCAUCUUCCCCAAAUGGGGGAAGGUCUGACUAAUCCAUUAUAUCCGUAUUUCGUACCCCAGCACAAAACUAGAGAAGAUUUUGAUUUGCUCCAAGAGUACGGUCUUGAUUUCAACAAAUUUAAUCUCGCUAAUGGCGCGUCCUCUACGAAGAACAAGCCGUUCGAUCUUACCGCACGAGAAACUACCGCGGCUCUUUCGAAUAAUUCGGCGACCGUCAAGACGCCCAAUAAUUGGACCAAAUUCGAGUGAUUAGGCUUUGAAAACUAAAAUAAAUUGAAGAAAAGUUGUAUACAUAUCAAGACAAUAAUUGUAAAUACGUAAAUUAUAUUUGUUACUAUUUAUAUGAAUACGAGAUUGUGAAUACAUUUUGUAUAAAAGGUGCAGGAUUAUCUAAAAUCAAGAUCAGUGAUCGACGCGUAGGUAUUAUUCUGAUCAUAGCGUCCACCCGUGAUGAAUUUCAUGCAAUCAAUUAUUUAGAAAUCAGGGUAAAAUGAAGGCAGAUCUUUCCAAUCGACUUAUGUUUUAUCGCAACAGUUUUAAUAAACCGCACAUGAAAUAUUCUGUGCGAAGUAUUUUAGAGGAAAAAAGAAACCUUGUUUACCCUACCGGAAUCAAUGCGUAAAGUUAUAGUUUAUAUCCAGUUUCAGGUUAGGUCAAAUACUCAUUUUCAGAUAGCUACAAUUAUCGUUAUAUCUCCAUAAUCUCCGAAGAUUUGUUUGAAAGUAAAUCGUCGUAAGCCUUGUAACCAGAAGGGCCUGUAGAUAAAGGAUCUAAUUUUAACUGCUCAAAUAGCACAAAUAAAUUAUGAUAAAUUAA